CUUUCGUCAUCGUCGGUCGCAUGCAGUUGCCCAUCACUCAGAAUUCGGUAGAAUCGGAGAUCGGACGUGUAGCUAAAUUCAAUCGGUGGACUUGCAUAUGAUAAAAGCUGAUACAUCAUAAAACAUGACUGAUGCUCACGCGAAUUAUGUCGGUCAAGGUUUUUGUAUUCGCCAUAUUCCAUAACCAUAUCCAUUGCUCUUGCUUCGUCGAUGCCCGGCCAUACCAUAGUCAUUUUGUCAUUUAUCCAGCUUGCGGACUAAUAAAAUAAUUUGCCUUUUGCCCUGUUUCUUUUCAACGGAAAGAUAUGUACUUCAUCAGUCGCUCUCUAAUGUUCAUUAUUUCCAAUUUCAAUUGUGUUUGACCAUGAUGUAGUACCGUUCACCUCCCUGUACUAGCAGUUUUUACCUCAACGCCACCUAUAAAAGUACAUUUUCGUUUUCAACUCGCGAGCAUAAUGUCCUCCUGGGCGGAGAUUCUCCUGCAGAACAUGGUGGAGCCCGACGACAGCAUAGCUUCGUGGACGGGGAACUUCAAAAAUUGCGUUACGUGUGCCGCCAUCGGGGCCAAGGACUUCAGCCUUGGGACGAAGGUGGAGGGUGGCAAACAUUCUGGGUUUUGGGGCGCGGCGUGCACUACUGCGGAAGGCGAUUUGGGGGUGGACACGGAACUGGCUUGGUCCAAGGUCUGGGCGGAAGACCAGGAUCGCGAAAUCAUGCAGGACGAUGGCUCGGAAGUUCCGGUAUAGAAUCGCUCAUAAGUAGGUAAAUUCAUUUUCUUGUUUUUCCUCAUGACCAUGGGCAGCGACAGAAAAAACUUGAAGAGUCAGUUUGAAAACACAAAAUAAAAAGGACGAGAACAAUCAAAACUUUCAAAAUAAAAAGGUGAAAAUCGUUGAGUACCAAACAAUUUUGAACGCGAUCACGCACGACUUGGCCAAGGGCCCGCUGCCGAACGGCUUGUGGAUCGGGAGCAACAAGCACACUAUUCCCAGCAAACAGCAGGAGGAGGGCGAUAACAAGGAAAUCAACUACCUGGUCAUGAACGCCGCGCGGAAGGGGAAGCAGGGCUUCGCCAUCGUGGUCAGCGACUACCAUCUGGCGGGGAAAGCUUUGCUUGUCGUCGGCGGCUACUCGGAAAACGACGGGGUGCCCUUCUCCAUGGCCGUCCGCGUCUGCAUCGACAUGUGCAAGUGGGCUCAGAGCGAGGGAAUGGACCAAAGUCCGGAAAUCCAAUAGGAACUGGGGUGUUGAGCGGUUAGUUCACUGAGGGAAU